UACAGGUUUUUGAGACUCUGAUGUUUACAUCUACAUUCCUCCAGCAAUAAGAAGCAAAUAAGGAUGUCAGCCAUCAACAGAGUCUAUCUACAAACGAAAGGGAUCUCACGUUUACUUCAGGACUCCUCCAGCACGUGAAGGAUGUCAGCUAGCUUGUUAAUCUUCGGUGGAGUCUGCCAACACCAGAAAACGAAGACCAUCUUCCUUGGGGUCCAUCGACAAGUACAAGUAAUCAAGGCAGGAGAAGGUAAACAGCUAGAGCGUCACAAUCUGCAAAGUUACCCAGGACCUGUCAUGGAAAUCGGACCUGCUGGAGGUGUGGUCAACGCAUCAGGAAACAGCGGGAAACACCAGCAUCCCCAGGACAUCACUGGACAUCGAGGGACCGAACCAGCGGACUCCGGGAUCCGAAGUCUUCGGGGUAUGAAGACCCCAGGAUUGGAAGACUUCGAAUUCCAGGAUCUCCAGGUACGAACACGUCGAACUUCGAAGAUUUCGAAGUUCGAAGGUCGCGGGAUGCGAAGAUCUAGGAAUUGGUAAGUCUGUGGAGUUCAAGACUUCGAGAUAAGAAGUCUUUGUACUUCCGGGUUUUCAGGGUUCGAAAAUCCAGGGGUGGGAAAACGCCAAAGUUACUUUGGCGUUUUCUUACUUCGAAAUUUUCGAAUUCGGGGAACUCGAUGCAAAGACUUUUCUCUCUCGAAUACAUGAACUUCACGGUCUCUCCAAUUUCGAAAUCUUUGCACCUUCGGGACUUUUUAACUCCGAAAUCUUCAAAAUUCGACGUUUUCGCACUUGGAAUCCAGUAAUCGCGAAGUCCUCCAAUCUUGGGAGUCUCCAGACCUGGAGGACUUCGGAUCCCGGAGCGGGGCGG